CUGGGAAUUACUCCCUUAGAGCACGUGGAGGAAGCUAGCAGUGAGUUUUAAGGUCGUCUUGUCCCCGUACAAGGACAGCCUCUGUGUCGGACAUGUACCAGUUAUCUCUCUAUCCAAUCCUUGUCCCAAUCAUCCUUCGUGCAGAACUCUGCAUUCUUAAAGAAUGUGUUAUAUUGUCUCAUCGUCCUCCAUGCAGUAGCGACACCUUGUGUCGUAAUUUUCCCUCCACCGUCGAAGUAAGCUCCGAUUGGACAGUGUCCGACUCGGAACUGGGCUAGGACCGUCUGUUCCGCACGAUUAAGUUGCCACCACGCAUCUCUUUUGUCUGGUCUACUCAUUGCCAUGUGGAGCUCACUGCCCUUAUCCGAAGAAUCCCAGCCAUCGUAAAGUAAUGCUCACUCCGAAUCGUAGGAGACGCCCCCGACCGUGAGGACGUCCCAUACCCUUCUGACACCUUCUUCUAUCCCCACUAAGGCCUCUAGUGCGGACAUCGAAUCCGUGAAUAUGGAGUAUGUCGUUGGCUGACGCAGCCCCGUUACGUACCUUCGUUUCCACCCAAUCCAGUGCCUGGAACAUUGCUUCCAAUUCAGCCUCGAGGCUGCUUUUCCCCUGACAGUGUCCCGUAAGCUUGUCUCUUUCGGGGGUGCCAGAGAGUCGGACUACCGCCCCAUACCCAGCUUUCACAGUGCCCUCGAGCGUCUGCACAGAGCCGUCCGUGUAGAUCAGUGAUUCCCAAAGUGGUCUAUAUGGACCCCCAGGGGUCUACGACGACCUCCAGGGGGUCCACGGAAAUUAAAAAAGAAAUUGGGGGUCUAUGAGAUGCUUUUGGGGGUCUACGAUAAUGGAUUUCAUUUAAAACCAUUACACAAUUAUAGUCACCGGGCUAUGCCUGCAAUCGCCGAUUUUUAAUUGUUUCGUUGACGAAUGCACUGCUAAUUUUUUUAUUUUUUUAACAUUUACUAAUUCUGACCUAAGAGAACGACAGAGUGGAUAUAAUUAGAUUUGAAUAAAUAAAAUGUCAAUAAGACUUAGUACUAAUGUUUUAAUUGUAGAAAAAGGAUUGUGGUAAGUGAUUACCAGCUGUUUGAGUCUGAUGGUAGAGAUAGUGAUUAUUUAGUUCAACUGGAGAGUGGAAUGCAACUAAAUGUGGCAUUUGAAGGUUAUUGAGCUCUGUUGAGUAAACCAUUUCAAGACUUCAAGAUUCUAUUUGAAACAUGAUAAUAGUAAUAAUAUAUUAUAAUAAUCUGUAUUAUCCGUUAGGAAAUUUGUUUUACAAUUGUGCCUUACACAUUACAAUACAUUAUAAGAGCAAACAAUUUGUAGGAUAUUGCACAAACUAUACAUUCCUACAACAGUUUCUCUUUACUUUAGCAUUACAUGUAAAAUUUUGUUGAAUGAGUUUUUAUGUCUAUUUUUAUUUUUGUGAUCAGUGUCUUAUAUCUUCUUUGAGAUGUUCAUAGAUUACAAUCAUGAAACAGAAGUGGUUGUUUUUUGCUUAAAAUCUGUAUAGCUUACCUAUCAAUGUCUUUUUUUCCUUGACUAAUUGUCCAAGUGUGCGCUUUGUUUGUUGGCGAUGAUCUUGGUACUGCAUUGAACGUUACUAUUUUUUAAAGUAUAUUUUAUUUGUUUAUGUUUAGAUUGCCAUACAUGGCAGUGAUGUUGAAACUUAAAAUAAUGCAGACGUUAGCAUGGUAAAACAUUGAUGCUUAUCCUAUUAGGAUUAUUUUUCACUAUAAUAAAAGAAAUAUUUUUUAUGAUGUUAUUAGUUUUAUUUUAUGUGCAUUGAUUUCUUAGAAUGAAUAAUACGAUGCUAUACAUCUGCUCUCAUGGAUGGGAUAGUUAUUUCCUGACAACUGCAGAACCUCACUUUUAUUUUCUUUUAUUUCCAACACACAUGAUACUUUAUUUGUACGCCUACCUUGAUACUUUAUUUGUACGCCUACCUUAGCUAAUUCUUUAACUUUCAAUCCUGGUGAAAUCCUCUUGUGCGAGGGUUAGGGUUUUAAAAUAUCCUAAUUAUGUCUACAGGUGACUGAUAUUUAACAUGGUCGAAUCUAGAAAGAAAUGUAGACAGUAUAGUAUUGAAUAUUUGAAAUUUGGCUUCAUUCCUUCCUCAUGCAGCAAGCUAUUACCUAUGUGCCUUUUAUGUAACAAAAUUUUGUGUAAUGACGCUAUGAAACCAUCUAAACUGGAGAAUCAUUUGAACGAUCAUUUGAAACGAUGCCACCCAGACAAAAUCGAUAAAGACUUUAAGUAUUUUCAAACACUUAAAGAUAGAUCUCAGACUAGACCUACAGUGGACAAAAUGUUCACUUCGAUAUCACAAAGAGAAGAUGAUGGUUUACGAGCAUCUUACAAUAUUUCUUUACUGAUAGCAAAAUCCGGAAAACCUCACACUGUAGGUGAAAAAUUGAUUUUGCCAGCCGUUGCAGAAGUCUUACAAACUGUUUUACACAAGCAUGCUUCUGAUAUCAUUAAAACAAUUACUUUAAGUAACAACACAGUUCAAAGACGAAUAGAUGAAAUGAGUCAUGACACUGAAAACUUCUUGUGUAAAUAUUUGCAAACUACAUGCUUCUCUAUACAGCUGGACGAGUCAACCUUGCCUAGUAAUGAAGCAUUAUUGUUGGCAUAUGUUCGUUUUAUUAUGGAUCAAGAAAUCCACGAAGAACUUCUAUUUGCAAAAACUUUGGCCAUUGACACAAAAGGCGAAUCAAUACUGAAAGUUUUGAAGGACUACUUUAAAGAAAAAGAGAUCCCUUUAGGAAAUAUAAUAUCAGUAGCAACAGAUGGAGCACCUGCAAUGGUUGGACGCUGCCGAGGAUUUGUGAGCUUUUUAAAAGAAAAUGUACCCGGUGUGUUAGCAAUACACUGCGUUAUCCAUAGACAACAUUUAGUUGCUAAAAAUCUCAGUGUCAGAUUGCAUGAAUCUCUUCAGUUUGUCAUUACUGCUGUUAAUCGAAUCCGAGCCAACGCUUUGAAUACUCGAUUAUUUGCUCAAUUGUGUGAAGAAAAUGACGAGAACUUUCACCAACUGCUCCUUCACUCUGAAGUUCGGUGGUUGUCGAAAGGCUUAUGUCUGACUAGAUUUUUUUCUCUUUUUGACACUGUUUCAGAGUUCUUGCAUGAUAAAGAUUCAAUUUUUAAAACAAAAUUUAAUUAAGCGGAAAUCGGACAUUGCCUAUUUGACAGACUUAUUUCAGAAAUUUAAUGAAGUUAACUUGCAGCUAGAAGGGGAUAACCUGAAUUUGAUCAAAACAAAGUCCAUGAUCUCAGCAUUUCUUGCAAGAAUAUAAUUAAUGAAGCAAAACAUUGGUCGUGGCGAAUUUUCCCAAUUUCCAAAUUUAGAACACAAAAUGUCAGGAGGACAUUUUCAUUUAUGUUGAGCAUUUGAAUUCCCUAUAUUCUGAUUUUCAAAUUAGAUUUGAGGAUAUUCUGAAUAUGGUAAUACCUCAGUGGAUUAUUGAUCCAUAUGUUGAUAUUAUAGAAGAGGAUGAUGUAGCAUUGCAAGAAGAACUUCUAGGAAUAAGUACUAACGAAGAACUGAAAGUACAAUUUAAAAAAGGAUAUCAGCUCUUUUGGCUUCCAAAAGAUAUACCCGAUACGUAUCCCAUAUUAUGGAAUAUCGUCAGAAAUUUUCUAAUUGCUUUUCCAUCUUCCUAUCUUAUGGAAAGAGGGUUCAGCACUGUUACCAAUCUUCUACUAAAUACAAGAAACAAACUGGACAUCACUAACAGAGGAGAUUGAAGAUUAAGCCUAACGAAAUGGAAGCCCAACAUUGAUAUGUUGGUAUCAAAGCAUCAGGCCCAUC